GGUUUAGAAAGACGAAAAAACCGAUUUUAAAAUAAAUAACCGAAAAGGUUUGGCCUCAUCUCAGCCUCACCAGACCGGCAUACCCUAAUUCUUAUUGAUGAGCUCGGUACCUGUACAGAUACCAAUCCUGAAAAUCGCCAAAAUUGGGUACCUUACCCGAAAUGCUCGUAUCUGAAGGAAGCUGUAACCAUGAGUGGAUUACAAACCCAUGACUUACCAUCUACCUUAAGAUUAACCAAAGCACCAACAGACCAAGGGCCAACUGCUGCCGAAACAAAGCCAAAGAAGAAAAUCUGCUGUGCCUGCCCAGACACCAAGAAGCUGAGGGAUGAAUGCAUUGUGGAGCAUGGUGAAUCCGCUUGCUCGAAAUGGAUUGAAGCUCAUCGGUUAUGCCUUCGUUCCGAGGGCUUUAAUGUAUGACUGUUGGAAGCUGUUAGGAUGAGAAAAACUAUUCGGCUUUUCAGGAAUAAACGCAUUAUGAUUGAUUGAUUAUUGAUUUACUGAGGUUAAUCCUCGUUUUGAUAUGUUUUUUUUCUACUGAUAGAAUUUUAAAAUCUUAAUAAGAAUAAUAAUCAAGCUCACAGAGUUCUUGAUUUGUGAUCUA